UUCCGGUCAUCUUGUGUAAAUAAAAUAAUGAGAGUUUGUUCGGUAGCAUCUGCGAUAUUACCGACGUAGACUGACAUAGUAUCAUAAAUAUAUUUUAAAUUUAUUUUCUUAAAUGUCUUCUGGUGUCAUGAGCAGCUGCUCAAACGGCAGCUUUGGUUCGGAUUUUAGCCCUCCGCCGCCCUCCUUAUCUCAGAUGUUUAACAUGUUGGACUCGGCUGCAGAGCUCAUGAUGGUCCACAGAGACUUCCACGCUGCUUUAGGCACGUGCAACAGAGGUUUGGAGAGUCUCGCGUGCAUGGAGUUGGAGGAGAACAGAUGUGAAGAGUUAAAGGCCGCUUUCUGCAUGUUGGGUGUUCAGGCGCUGGCUGAGCUUAAUCAGUGGCAUGGUGUCUUCUCCUGGGUUCUGCAGCAAUAUGAGCACCUGGAAAUCAUACCUGCAAAGAUAAUGCAGACAUGCAUUCUCCUUUUCUCCAAGGUGGGCGAGCCUGCUGUGAUGCAGGAGGCAACCAGAGUUUGGUUACACUGCUCCUCAAACGGCAACGCGGCAGGUUUUCGUACUGUCGCAGAGCUUUAUCUGCUGCACAUUCUUCUGCCUCUUGGACAUUUAGAGGAAGCAAGGGAGCUCAUUUCAGGUGACGUUGGUAGGACUGCAUUCACAGAAGACCAGAGACAAACUGCGCUGGAUGUUGUGGAGGAAAAAACACGACAAAAUGAGGAAUUGUUUUUAAAUCCCAGGAGCCCUCCAGACUCGGACGCUGCGGCACGUCCUGCUUCUACUCGAGGUACUGUAAUGCGUAAACUGGAAGCCAUGCUGAGGUUUUUGCAUAGAAAAUGCUUACUGACCGGCUUAGGCUCAUUUCCUCUCCGGAAAGUUUUCCUUGCAGCUGUUCUUCUCUACAUGCUUUUCCUCCGACUGGAUCCAGCCCAUCCAUCUUCAUUCAUGUGGAUUUCUAAACUUCUUACGCUGAUCAGGCAGAUGUGGAGAAGCAUGUUUGCACCAUAUUAUCAAGCUCUCACGUAGAGCAAAGGCUUGUAAAAGACACUGUUGUAAUGUGUUUGAUUAAUUCAUGUAAUUCUCUCAAAUCUGUUAAAAGCCACUUUUAUUCUCUCUUCAACUAUUAUAUUAGCUGUGACUUUAUUUCCCCACCAACAUAUUUUAUUACCUGGUUUGUAGUCACCGGUUAAUCGACUUACCUGUUCAUAAACUCACAUUUACUUCACUGACCUAUCCGUAAAUCCAGACAUCAGGAUUUCUCUGGUUUUAAGUCACAAAUCCAGUUUAGAGUAGAAAAUAGUCACAGCCAAUAAGAGAAGGCUGCUUCUCAUUGGCUGGUCCUCCACAGAGGGGUGAGGGGUGUUGCUUCGGUUGGUCUAGAACAAAACACAUAUUGCAUCAUGAAUGAUAACCCAGGGUUACUGAUGUGGCCUUAACCUCAAUAAAAAAUAAACGCCAUGCAUGGAUUGUUCUUAUUUUCUUGUCUUUUAAAGAUGUUGGUUACCAAUUUAAUAAUAAUACAUUUUAUUUCAACAGUGCCCUUCUAAACACUCGACACGUUACAGACGGAGAUAAAAUACACAAAAAUAAAAGAUAGAACAGCAUAAAACAAACAGACGGAUUGGAGCAAAGAGUAACUAUUGGAAUGCUAGACGGAACGGGUGGGUUUUGAGUCUGGUUUUAAAGAGAGUGAGGGAAUCAAUGUUACGGAGGUCAGGAGGGAGUGAGUUCCAGAUCUGGGGAGCAGAGCGACUGAAGGCCCUGCUCCCCAUAGUGACCAGACAGAAAGGUGGGACAGAGAGGUGGAUGGAGGAGGAGGACCUGAGGGAACGGGUGGAGGUUGAAGGAUGAAGGAGGUCUGAGAGGUACGGGGGAGCUAGGUUAUGGAUGGCUUUGAAUGUAUACAGCAGAAUUUUGAAUUGGAUUCUGGAAGUGACUGGGAGCCAGUGGAGCUGCUGAAGAACAGGGGUGAUGUGGUUGAAGGAGGGAGUUCUGGUAAUGAUGCGGGCUGCCAAGUUCUGGAGAAGUUGGAGUUUAUGGAGGGAUUUGUGAGGAAGACCGAAGAGAAGAGAGUUGCAGUAGUCAAUACGGGAAGUGAUUUAGAAGUAAAACCAAUCUCUUUAGGAUCUGGAAUCCAGAGUCUAUUUACAUAAGGCUGUGUCAUCAAACCUAAUUCCAGUAAUUGUACAGAUAUAAACUUACAUGCAGAGACGAGCACAUGCAUGACACCUACAUUUAUUUACACUUGCACAAAAGCACACACAAACAUAAAGACAACAACCUGCACUAACAAAGCAUUCACACAGUUCGAGGUUAACCCCGAACUCACCCUUUUAAUGAUUUUAUUAUAAUUCACAUUAAUAUUUAUGCUUAGCCUGCUUUUGGUUUUAGAUAAAAUGGCUUUAGAAUAAUAUGUUUUUGAUCAUACUUGCAUUUACAGUUAUAAUAAAAUUCAACUAAAAAGAA